GCAACCUCGGACACCCUUUGCUUCUCGAGCACGCCGCACCGGAUGAUUCAAGGCAGCUGCGCUGCUACUCAGCAAUGAGCACGACCAAACCCUUCAAUUGCGAUAGCUGUUCCGAGACAUUCACAAGAUGUGAGAAUCUGAAACGGCACAAGCGGACUAGACAUGGCGAAUCUGCGCGAAUAUCAUUCGAAUGUUCUCAUUGCCAUGCCAAGUUCAUUCGCAGAGAUAUUUGCAAGCGGCACUCGAAUAGAUGUCAAGAAAAAAGGUUAGAACGACGACGUACAUCUUUGAGAUCCAAUGCGACAGCCGCUUUCGUACGCGACACUGCACACCUACCGCAGAAUGAAGUUUUUCAGGAUACGUCCCCUGCCGUGGAGUUUCCACUCGCGCCGAGCAGUGCAGAGAGUCCCAACCGCAAAAGACAAAGACAGCCACAGUCGCCCAUUAUUGAUCCGUCCUUCGCAGAAGAUAUUGAUGUAGGCAGCAUCGACUCUAUAUGGCCAGGGGAUUUUGGAGAUGAAUCACAGGGGGCCGAACGCACCGAUGCUCCAGUGUCUUCUGGAUUGACUGACUCUAGUGACUCCAUAGAGCUUUUCGUAGCGUCAUAUUUCGAGCAUUUCCAUCCUUCAUUACCAAUAAUCCAUCGAGGCACAUUUCAGGCAUCUACAGUAUCGAAACCACUGCUCAAUAUUGUCAUCAUCAUUGGGAGUUUAUACUCUGUUGCCGGGUUUCGCCAUGAUAUAGCCGCUGGCAUGACCGAAUCGAGUCGUAGACUCUGGGCGCAAGGCGUGCAGGAGCUUGAUCGUCUUAGAUGCUCGGAUUGGAGAGAGCUGCGAAAAACAUGGGUGAUGCAGGCAUGGCUCUUGCACAUCGUUGUUGGAGCAUACGUGGGCGACUCUACACAAUACAAUGGAGCAAGACGGCUGCUACGAUACUUGGUCGAUACUGUUCGGGACUUGGGGUUGCUGAACCAAGCGGUUGUUGGCACUAUGAUGCCAGCCACGAAUCAUGGGGUAGUGGCAGCAUCUGACGCAGACGACAUGCAGCCACUCGAGCAGACAUGGAUGUCGUACGUCCAGGAGGAGAGUCUCAAGAUUUCUCUUCAAACUCUGCUGUUCCUGGAUCACCACAUCUUCUCCUCUUGUAACAUGCGCCCGCUCCUAAGCUCAGUUGAAUUCGUGUGGGAGUUACCCCUGUCCAGCGCGCUUUGGGAGGCAGAAGAUGCUAUGGUCUGGAGGCUGAAACUGAUGGAGCAGCACGGCGACGCCACCGCGCUGGGCGAUGUGUUGGAAUGGCCCAUCCCUCUCGGUCGGGGAUUAUACACAACGGCGUCUCAGGCUACGCAAUCCCUCAUGUCUGAGUCACCAUGUCCGCAGCUGCUAAACACGCUCUUGGCCUCGCCGAUGGCCACCCUCGCUGUGCUGACGAACCUGGACUCGCUUGUCAGGGACUUUACGCGUUGCUACUAUCAAUUACCACCUAGUCCAUCCGAUCCAUCAGCAUACCAUAUCUUGACACAAAGUCAGAACAGGCGCGUCGUUGCCGCCCUCAAGGUCCUAUCGAAGCUAAUAUGGACCAAACUUUCUUCUGAGGUCCAACCCUCCCACGAGUCACUUUGGCGAACAUGCGACAUGAUAGGGCGGUCCAUCAAGCUUAGCCUCUGCAAACCCGAUGAUUUGCUGGUUGGCGGCAUCGUCGAGAGCAGCAUCACAGCCGCCUUGAUGACUGCAACACAACUAACUCUGGGGAGCUACGUCGCAGUCCGACGGGCUACUCAGUCACUUCUUACAUUACACGGUGCCGACGAGGGAACACUCUCCAUCACCGACGACUUGACUGCCGCCUUGGCCAAAAUUGCUGGCGCUAGCCCAUCGCUGGCUCAUUGCGAGGGCCCAUGGAUGACCGCCAUUUGUUACCGGAUCCUCCUGCUCAUCUGGAAGACGUUGCGCUGGGCCAUCGCCGAAAUUCGCGAGAAGCUCAACGUGCAAAUGGCUUGCCUAGGCACGACGGAUGAGUUACCACGCUCGUUUGGAGCCUGCUCCCUUAUCUUGAAUUCACUCAUGGAGACGAUCUUGCUGCACACUUCCGAAUUUACUGGCACUGCAGAUAAGUGCAACCGGUUAUGGGCCGCAGAUGCACAGAGUCUGUCCACUCUACUAGAUGACAGCGAGGCGGAUCUUGUCAACCUCAUUAUACAUAUAUGCAAGGCCCGGCCCGUAUGGACUAUUGGGCCGGCCAUGGCAAGAGUGGCAGACGAGAUUUUGCCUACGAUUACAUCGACUACCGCGCAGGAAUCUCUGCAUAUAGUUUAGCUAUACAUUGACAAGUACUAUUAGCCUGAAUCUGUGGAAUCUAUAGUUUGGUUUGUGUCACGAGGGCUUCUCGGAGGCUCAAGUGCGGGGUUGCUGCGUCCCGCUUUCCUAAACUAGCAGCCAUUACAACAGCAUACGCAGGUAGGCCAUUGACGUUGUACUGUACAGUUGAAAGUGUGCUAUGCUUAGUGAAUGAAGAUUGCAUGUUAUCGUGGC